AUGACUUUUUGGAUUUGCAGGAGCUGUAGACAUAGCUUCCCAUCCGACCUACUAGAGCAGGCCUCCUUUACGGACCAUGUAGGCAAACGCUUUGGUGAAAUGCGAGAUGUUCUUUCCGCACUCCAGGAUGGCAAAUCAAAUAUCCAACAUUCGAUCCAUGAGGCACUCAUUACCUUGGAAGAUUUAUGUGCAGCAGUCCACGAAGAAGUAGACAUGCUUACAGAAAAGCUAAAAAAGGCCAAGAUGGGGUAUCCCUAUGACGAAAAGAAUUCCAACGAUCAGUCUAUGAUGCAUUCAGAAAGACACAAAAAUACUACCAAACAUUCGAAAAAGGCAACCAGUUCUACAAAGGAAUUACCAGUAGCUCUGCCCACACGUAAUCAAUUUAAUAGUAGUACUCGCAGCAACGCGAACGUGGCUGCACUGGCUAGUAUAAUGGCCUCCAGUAGUAUACCUGAAUACAACAAAAGGAAAAUGUGCACCGCUUUCGAAUUGGUCUCAGCGAGUGUGUAUAGUAUUUUAGAAAGCCUGGCAGUGCACACCCGCGUGGAUGCCGCGUUUCUGUGGCUCCGUCCACGCGGCGCAAUCACAAACGAGCUCGUGGCUCCUUUUGUUGUGGGGCGUGAUCUCUCGAAGCUUGCCCACUCCGCGCCGUACCGUUUGACGGAGAACUCCAUACCCUGUCUGGUGAUGGAUACAAGUAUCGCGAUAAACAUCAAACCUAUGAACGGCGUUCGUGACCAGCGACCAAACGGCAACAUCCCGCUAGCGGAACUCAUCGAGCGAACUAAUGCCGCCCAACUUCUUAUCCCGGUCUACACGCGAUACUGGACCAAAGACCGGUCCGUCAUCGGGGUCAUACACCUGAUCGGAUCGCCGCGCUUUCCUUUUCCCUUCAAUCGCUAUAAUGAAGAGGUCGCCGCCGUCGCCUCAAACCUUCUUUCGGUGGUGAUCUCCUCACACUAUGAGGCGAUGAUUCCGGAAUGGGCGAACCACUUUUACGACCCAAGCAUUUUACACGACACCAGUAGCUACCGGGGGGAUCUUGACCUGCAGGGGGAUACCAAAGGCGUGGACGACUUCGCAUCCCCCGCGAUGCCAAUUUACCGCGAGAUGAGGGAACCCAACGACGAGGCUAAUCAGCGGGAUGUCAGCAAAACCCUUCGGAUGGCGAUGAUACGACGGGCCAUGCCGUUGUACCUGGCCACGCACAUCCGCGAUUUGGACCCUCACGCCGCGGGGGAGGAGGAAAGUUGGGACACGGCGACCGAAACGACGUCGAUAAUGGAAAAAAUCCUUCAAGUGCAGCGCGAUGAAACUUCAGCUCAUGAUAUCAGAAAAACGAGAGAAAUGGGUAUCAACCUAUCCAGCUCCAUCCAACGGAAUUCUGGCAAGAAUGGCCACUCAAGUAACCAAACCCUACCCUCUGGAACAAUGUCAGGCAAUUUAGUAGAACCCCGUACUCCUUUAGCUGAUGACAAUGAGUUGCAUAGCAUCAAAAGUCAAAACUCUAAAAACGAAGACGACGAUGAAAAAGGCACGCAUUUUCUUUCCAUAAAGGGAAAAAAUAGGCAACUACUGAAACCCGAGGAGCUCACCGAAAUUGAGCUGGGAGCACUCCAACGGUUAAAAUCGAUGGACGUUGACACCGCACCCCUUACCGCUGCUCUGUAUUAA